CGCAAGGCGACGCGGCGGCAGCGCCCCUCCAUCGGAGACGAGAGCGCCGUGGAAGAAAUCGACGCCUUGGAGGUUUUCGAGCACUUGAGGGAUAUCCGCGAUCCGGAGCAUCCAUACUCGCUGGAGCAGCUAAAUGUGCUCGCUGAAGAGGGGAUCGAAGUGGACGAUAAGCAAAGCUCUGUGAGGGUCACAUUUACUCCCACAGUCCAGCACUGUAGCAUGGCAACGCUGAUUGGACUGUGCAUUCGAGUGAAGCUCAUGCACUCUCUUCCACCUCGCUUCAAGGUGGAUAUAAGAGUGGCACCAGGUUCUCACUCUACCGAGGCUGCGGUGAACAAGCAACUUAAUGACAAGGAGCGCGUUGUAGCGGCAAUGGAGAACCCAUACUUGGCUCAAACCGUGCGGGAUUGCCUAGCUCCUCUAGAAGAGUACGAGUGAGUGGAACUCUCAUCUUGUAAGUUCCCAAGAAAUAGAUCUUCCCAAGUUCGCAGAUAAUCUAGCAAACGUGCUCGCUGGAUCGAGAUGGAACCACCACAGUCCAGGUAUGCUCAGCUCAGGCAGGAGUACGCGACGAUCCUCCGGAAGUGUGCCCGAUCGAGGCUGCUCGAGGACGGGAGACGUGUCCAUGCCCGGAUCAUCCACAGCGGCCACACCCGCGACAGGUUCCUGGGCAACUUGCUCGUCCAGAUGUACAGAGAUUGCGGGAGGCUGGAAGAUGCCAGAGCGGUGUUCGAUAGCAUGCCCCUCCGGAACGAAUUCUCCUGGGCGAUCAUCAUCUCGGCAUACGUUGGGGCCGGCAAGGAGCAAGAAGCGCUCUGUCUCUACCGAGCUCUCGUCCGUUCCAGCACGGAGAUCCAGCCGGACGCGUUCAUCUUCUCCAGCGCUCUUGCCGCUUGCGCUAGAUUGAAAUGCCUGGAGCAGGGGCUGGAAAUCCACGAGCAAAUCGUAAAAAGAGGGAUCAAACAGGACGUGGGUCUUCAGAAUGCGCUAGUGACAAUGUAUGCCAAGUGUGGUAGAAUCGAUCGGGCGAAGCAGGUGUUCGAUCGGAUCACGCACCGGGAUGUUGUGUCGUGGAACGCAAUGGUUGCAGCAAAUGCCGAAGCUGGGCAUUUGGAAGUAGCUUUGAAGAUCUACCAGGAGAUGGCGUCUGCUGGUGUGAAGCCCGAUGCUUUCACGUACGCAAGCGUUCUUAACGCGCUCGCCUGCUUGGGCCGGAUAGAAGAGGCAGUGCUGCUCCAUUCCCGGCUGGGCUCCCAGAUCGAGACGGAUACCAUCGUCGGCACCGCGCUGGUCAGCUUGUACAGUGGCUGUGGGAGAUUGGACUGUGCGAGAUCGGCAUUCCGAAAGAUCUCUAGGAGAGAUGUUCUUUGCUGGAGCACGAUGAUCUCGGCAGAAGCCAUGGCGGGGCACGACAGGGAAGCGCUGGAGCUAUACAGGGAGAUGAUCCUCAGCGUGAGACCCAACGCUUCCACUCUUGCGACCGUUCUCGCCGCUUGCACGCGCUUAGGCGAUCUUUCCUCCGGCGCCCUCGUUCGCGACGGAGCUAUCCAGUCCGGCCUCGACAGGGACGCAGUCGUGGGCACGACGCUCGUCAAUCUCUACGCGCGGUUUGGGGAUGUGAUCGCCGCACGGGAGGUGUUUGAUCGGAUGAAGGCGAGGGACACCAUCUCCUGGACUGCGAUGGUGGCGGCGUAUGCCCAGCACGGGCAUGGCAGGCAAGCGAUGGAGAUCUUCCAGGCGCUGUGCUUGGAUGGGAUCCAUCUCGACGAGGUGGCCUUCACUAACAUCCUGGGGGCGUGCAGCCACUCGGGAUUGCUGGACGAGAUCUGGGAGUGCUUCGUGGCGAUGAGAUGUGAUCACGGGAUUCAUCCGGGAGCGGAGCACUACAGGUGUUUGAUCAGCGCUCUUGGGCGAUCGGGCAGGAUCGGUGAGGCGGAGGAGUUGAUCAAGAGCAUGCCAUUCCAGACGGAUUCGAGGGCGUGGAUGGCGCUGCUGGAUGCAUGCAAAACCCAUAAGAGCUUCGAGGUUGGAGUUGGCGCUGGAAGUGAGAUGCUCCAAAGCUCGCGUCUGGGUGGUGGUGAUGGAUCUUUAUAUGUGGCAGUGUCCAAUCUAUACGACAGCCAUUGUUGAGCGAGCAGAUAUAAGCAUUGUUAAGAAGAUAGGCUGCCAUCUGCUCUAUUAUUCAAAUAAAAGGCUUCUAUUGCUUACAAGUAAAUCUAAAGUAUAAUUAUAUUAUUUCUUUAUUGCUUGAUGAUGAAAUAUUUCUGAUUUUAUGUGAUAAUCUUCAGUCUCAAUUUGUUAGAUUUUGCAAUAA